GGCUGGUUUUCAAUAAUCAUUUUUACUGGUGUGAGGCAAGGAGACUGCACUAGUAGCUAGCACACAUUGCAGAACAGGAAAGAGCUGACUGCCAAGAUGCUAUUGACCCUGCAGUGUGAUUCAGACAUGUCUACUAUGGUAACGACUGCUGCCGCAGAAAUAGCUGUAAACCCACAAGAAAUGGCAGCGCAAGAUGUUUGUUUGCAUGAUAUACUGGUAACUUCCUCCCAAAGCUUCAAGGAGGAGAGUGCCCAGGAUCAGUCUAGUAACAGAGUGAUGUCUAACGGCAACAAUCUAAAGGCACUUGUGAAUGGGGUUCAGUCUAAACCUGACACUGCUCUUUCUGGUGAUGUCUUUUCAAGCAUCUCUGCAUCCGAUCUGAAGUUGAUGACCACACAGAGAGACGGUGCUGUCCAACUGCGGAUAGAAGAGUCAGGAAUCGCCAGUGUACCACCAGUGACUAUUCAUGCGAUGUUUGAAGAAACGGUCAAGAAAUAUGGGGAUUAUGCUGCACUAGCUUCCAAACAUGGAGACCAGUGGAAGUCAAUUACUUACAAGCAAUACUAUGAACAGUGCAGGAUCGCAGCCAAGGGUUUCAUUAAGUUGGGUUUGGAGCGGUACCAUGGAGUUGGCAUCCUGGGGUUUAACUCGAUGGAGUGGUUCAUUGCUGAUAUAGGAGCUAUACUUGCUGGAGGGUUUGCUGUGGGCAUCUAUACAACAAACUCGGCAGAGGCAUGUCAUUAUGUGGCAGAGAACUGUGAGGCCAACAUAUUGGUGGUGGAAAACCAUAAACAGCUACAAAAAAUCCUUCAAGUUCAGAACCAGCUGCCUCAUUUGAAAGCAAUUAUACAGUACAAAGAUGAAUUGAAAGAGAAGCAACCCAACCUAUACACGUGGGCAGAAUUCAUGCAGCUUGGAAAGGAUGUCCCAGAUGCUCAGCUGGACCAGAUUAUUUCUUCUCAGGAACCCAACCAGUGCUGCACACUGAUCUAUACAUCUGGGACCACAGGGCAGCCUAAAGGAGUAAUGCUGAGCCAUGAUAAUGUCACUUGGACAGCCACAGCAGCUGGGAAAUCAGUCCAUCUCAGGGAGGCUACUGACCAACAAGAGAUGGUUGUCAGCUAUUUGCCGCUUAGCCAUAUCGCAGCGCAAAUGAUAGAUAUCUGGUUGACUAUGAAGUACGGAGGAACCGCUUACUUUGCUCAGCCAGAUGCUUUGAAGGGCUCACUGGCGAACACCUUGAAAGAAGUAAGGCCAACGGCUUUCAUGGGUGUUCCUAGAGUGUGGGAGAAAAUGCAGGAGAAGAUGAAGGCUGUCGGGGCAAAGUCUUCAACAAUCAAACGCAAAGUGGCUUCUUGGGCAAAAGGUGUAGGCUUAGAAACCAACUUAAAGAAAAUGAAUGGUGCUUCUCCCCCACCAAUGAAGUAUCAUGUGGCCAAAAGACUGGUGUUCAAGAAAGUGCGCAAAGCUCUUGGACUGGACCGUUGCACGAAAUGUUACACGGGAGCUGCCCCCAUCACUAAGGAUACUCUAGAAUUCUUUCUCAGCCUCAAUAUUCCUGUAUAUGAACUUUAUGGAAUGAGUGAGAGCUCAGGCCCACAUACAGUAUCUGUGUCUGAGGCCUUCAGGAUCACUAGCUGUGGGAAAGUAAUAUCUGGUUGUAAAACAAAAAUCUAUCAACCAGACAGAGAUGGAAGUGGAGAAAUCCUAUUCUGGGGCAGACAUGUUUUUAUGGGCUACUUAAACAUGGAGGAGAAAACAAAGGAGUCCUUGGACGAUGAGGGUUGGCUGCAUUCUGGGGAUAUCGGAAAACAUGAUGAGCAAGGAUUCUUAUUCAUCACUGGCAGAAUUAAAGAGCUCAUAAUUACAGCUGGUGGGAAUGUUCCUCCUGUCCCCAUAGAGGAUGCCAUGAAGGAGCAUAUACCGAUAAUUAGUAAUGCCAUGGUAAUUGGCGAUAAGAAAAAGUUCCUGUCUAUGCUGCUUACUCUGAAGUGCAAUGUUAACCCUGACUCGGGCGAACCAGAAGAUGAACUGACUACUGAGGCGAUUGAGUUUUGCCAGAAAAUCGGCAGCAAAGCAACUAGAGUGUCUGACAUAGUUGGCCAUAAAGAUAAAUUGGUGUAUGCAGCAAUCCAGGAAGGUAUAAACUUGGUGAAUGAGAAGUCCACCUCAAAUGCACAAAAGGUCCAAAAGUGGCUCAUACUCAGCAGAGACUUUACCAUUGCUGGAGGAGAGCUUGGUCCCACCAUGAAACUGAAGCGACCUGUGGUAUCCAAAAUGUACAAAGACCAAAUUGACAGCUUUUAUCUGGAUGCAGAGACGCCUACUGAUAAUGCCAUCCUAUCGAAGUAGACAGAUUUCCAUUUAGCAGUAAUAAGUCCUCUUGGUUUUUCUUAAUGGCACUUCUUGUGAAACCAGCAGAUGUGUGUUUAAGAAAAUACUGUUCUUGUUUUUGUAUAUUUUUCAUAUAGAAACAAUGCAUUGUGUUCAUCUCAAGCAGAACUUUGUUUUGUGUGUAUUAUAUACAAUUACGUAUACUAAGUAAGUUUAUUUUCAGUCGAGAACAAGAAGUCCGAGGAAAGACUGAAUGCGUUAAUCUCAUAAGUGCCUCCUGUUAGAGAUUGCAAGCUUUGAGCUGAAGGAAGUCUUGCUGAACCACACUAGCCUUAUUUUGUUGCAGCAGAUUUGUGUUACCUUAGUUGUCUGCAUUUUUAUAUCUGUACAUUUGUGACUUUGCAACAUUUCAGCAUAUAUGUACAUCAAAUGCAGUUGCUUGACUGCCAGCAAAAUGGGCUACCCGAAAGGCUAAUCUCUUAUCGGUAUAUGGAGGAAAACAAGCCAAAAGUAUCCGUGAGCUCAGUGCAUAGAGAAACUGGAUUCUGAUUUCCAUGCACCAAAAAGGCAUUUUGUUAACUGAAGUACUAAAUGUUUUGAUAACCUAAUAUUGUAUAAACGGAGUAAUUUAUUUUAUAAAUAUUAUUUUGUAACCUUUUGAAUGUAAAGAAACUUUAUUGCUGCAUAUUGUAAUUUAAGUUUGAGCUUGGAAUUAUUUGUGCUCUUCUCAUAAUGGCAACCUACUUGCAUGAGGUUUGGUUAUGAGAGGCAGAAGUGUCUCAGGCCUCUAUGCUAGUCUGCACUGGUUCCUAAUGUGAAGCCCCCUAUAUGUUCAUGGAAUAAAUAGUUUGGGUGGAAAGGGAGUGUUACCAGGAACGACAGACCUGGCAAAAUGUGACUACUGAAUUUUGUAGAAGUUACAAGAAGGAAUAUGUUCAGGUGUCUACCUGCCUUAGUUUACCCCUUUCGUUUUUUUUGUUUGUUUUUUUGAAAGUUACCACUAUUUAAAAAUUGGAUUAAAUAUUAUGUAAAAAAUGCUUAAUAUUUGACUUCUUAGUAGUCUUUCUCAAGCAUCACAUAAUUAAGCAGUGCUUAUGAUUUCCACAUACCACUUCACAGGAACAGCCUCAGCGUUUAGAUUUGUUUUGUGUUCAGUAAUAAUUUGUUCUCCUGUUUGCUGUUGCUGGAUUUCACCACAUAUGCACUACCAAAGUAAUGGAAGGUCUAGCAAGCGCAUUCUGAGAGACUAUUUAGAGACACAUUCCUAUAGGAAUUUUUAAUGUAAACGAAUGCACUAGUCACUAUUAAGCUCUGUGACCUGAAUAGAACGGGUAAGAUAUAUCAGUUAUCUUAGGAUGUUUAUGCAGUAGGAAGUACUUGAUGUUCAUAAGUUCUCUUAUACAAUGUAUUUAUAUAAUAAUUUUUUAAUAUUCCUUUUUGUCCCUGUUUAGAACUUUGUUUCCACUUUGUUUCUGUAAAUGUUCAAUAAAGCAUAUAGGAAAGUUGCACUGCACAAUAA